AUGGAGGACGGCUUAAUCUCGCCGUUACUUCGCUCGGACAGUCGCAUGGGUCCCAUCCUCCCGUCUCAUCACGCUCCCUGCGAUGACAGCACGUCGCACGUGUCGCAUCAUCCCGUGCGGCUAGCAUCGCUUGACGUUUUCCGCGGAAUCAGCAUCGUCGUGAGUUAUGUUCUUGGGGGUGGGAGUGUCCCCCUGGGACGGGCUGCAGCUGAGAGACCUUAUCGCUUCCAACUUCCUCUCCUUCUCCUCGCCUCCCUGCAGGUCAUGAUAGUGGCGCUGGACGUGGGUCAGGAGGAGCCAUGGGCAAUGAUAGUGGCGCUGGACGUGGGUCAGGAAGUGCCGUGGGUGGGAGUGUCUCCCUGGGACGGGCUACAGCUGGGAGACUUCGUCGCUCCGUUCUUCCUCUUCGCCUCGGGCGCUGCAGCGGCGCUCACCUUCAGAGCCGUGCACAGCCGCACUGCGGCCGUGCAUAGGAUUCUCGGACGUGCCUGCUGCCUCUUUCUCCUCGGCCUCUUCCUUGAAGGUGGCUUCCUGCACAGAACAGGGGACCUGAGUUUUGGCAUCAGUCUGACGCGCAUGCGCAUCUGCGGCACGCUGCAGCGCAUAGCUGUGGCCUACACAGUGGUAGCACUGGCGCAGGUGCUGCUAUCCGCGCCCAAGGAUAGCCACACAGAGGGAUAUGGAGAGGGGCUAUCCGGCUUGUUAUCCUUCUCCCUCCUCACCUGGCAGGCAUCGCUCAUGCUAGCUGCAAUCUACCUCGCCCUCACCUUCCUCCUCUUCGUGCCUGACUGGACCUUCACUCCCCCCACCUCCUCCGCCUCCCUCUCUGCUGUCAACUCGACCUUCCUUCCCCGCGCUGCGUCAGCUGUCAGCAGCCCGUCUCAAGACCUGCUGGUGGUGUGCUCUCGCACUGGAGACCUCUCCCCUGCCUGCAGUGCUGCGGGCUACAUCGACCGACUGCUGCUCACCACCAAUCACCUCCUCGCCUUGCCUCCCUACACCCAAUUGCCUGAGUGCGGUGUUUCCUCCACUCUCGUUUCGCCGCCCUCACUCCUCGCCCUACCAUCCUCUGGCGACCAGGCACCCCCUGUGUGGUGCUCUGCACCGUUUGAGCCCGUGGGGCUGCUCAGCACAUUGGGUGCCACACUCACAGCCUUCAUGGGCUUGCACCUGGGCCACAUCAUCACCAGCUUCCAGAGCCAUGCAGCGCGCAUCAUCAACUGCCUUUUCUUCUCUGCUCUCCUCGUGGCGGCCGGUUUCCUCCUCCAGUUCCCUUUCUCUUUCUCCCUCCACCACGCCAUCCCCCAUGCGAACAUCCCCGAGUGGCUUGACAUAUCCUACCCUGGUCUGCCUUUCAAUGCUCAGCUGUACUCGCUAAGCUAUGUCCUCAUAACAGCAGGAGCUGCCGCACUCCUUUUCGCCCUCAUCUACCUUUUUGUGGACGCGGCGGGAGUGUGCUUCUACACGCUCUUUGAAUGGAUGGGCCGCAACUCCCUCUUCCUCUUCCUCGCCUGCGCCACUCCGCUCCUCUCCUCCAUCGCUGCUGGCUUCUACUGGGAGAACCCACAUGAAAACCUUGACGUGGCAAGCUCCUCGCAGGCUGAUUCUUUCCUGACCGUGCGAGCCUGA